AUGGAGCAUUACUCGGAGUCGUCUGGAGGUGGACGGGCGAGGAGCAGGCUUCACGGUGGCCCGAGCACCCGCAUUGCCUUGGUCGGUCUCGAUCCCAUUGGUGAGCUCAGCGGUUUCCCGUUGAUCCCUUACUCGGAUUGCGAUCUUGCUCGAGUGGUGGAAGGGCGGACCAAGAAGAGCAGUGAGAAUCAUGGUCGUCUGUACUUCAAGUGUGCAAGGAAUGGGUUUCCCAAGUUGUGUGGGUACUAUCGAUUCGAGAAGCAGUACUUCCAGCAUUUGAAGGAUCUCGACAUCGUCAUUGUUCGGCCAUCUAACUGGGCAGAGGUGGUGGAAGAAGAAGCUUCAAUGGGGAGUCCAGAUGGUGACAAGCAGCAGAGGAAGGAAUUGGAGCUCAAGCUGGAGAAACUGAUGUUGAAGAUGAACAUGUUCAUUGCUUGUGUUGUCUUUGGGUGUGUAGUGAUGUAUGUUGUAAUGAAGUAA